UAACACAUCCCCCCCCCAGAUGUCUGAAAGGAAUUCCCCAGAUUCCUGCGAGACAAUGACCAACACAAAGCAUGGGGAGUGCUCUCCGUCUCAUACCCCACACUUCCAGUAUUACAGUAACUGCUGUUUAAUCUUUACAACUGCAAACCAUGGGCAGUGGCAUAUCCUGCAGCAACGCUGGUGUAUAGCAGUUUCACCUGAGCAGUUGUGGACAAUAUCUGGGAGUUCUUUAUCCCCUUGGUGCCCAGGACUGUUCAUUGUUGGUAUUACAGGCCUUGUCUGAUAUCCUUAGAAUCUAAAUGGAAAUGGCCAGAAUGAAGGCUUGUCUGUGAAGUAUUGUGUAUUCACUGUAUCACUGUAUAUAGUGAGAGUGCACAAAUACUUCAGUUUUAUGUCUUCCAUAGGCAUAGGUGCCCAUUACACCUAAUAUAAAUGCAUACAUGUAUGUACAGUACCUACAAUGGUCCUAACAUGUAAACAGCAUAGACACCAGUGCAUAUUUAAGGUGUUUACAUUGCACCUGUAGUAUUGAUAUUUGAGCAGAGACUGUAAGAGCGGAGGAUAAACAAGUUUUGGUUUGUUUGAUGAUAAUUAUUGGUGCCUGCUUAGCUAUUGGCGGCAAUCUACUCAUCAGUGUGUCUAUGAAUAUUCAGAAAUAUGCUCUAACAAGACUGGAGAACCAAGGCUUUCAUGCAGAGACAAGUCACGAUUACCUCAAAAGCAGGUUAUGGUGGCUUGGUAUCAUCAUGAUGGUUUGUGGGGAAGUUGGUAACUUCAUGGCCUAUGGCUUUGGCCCUGCAACUGUAGUUGCUCCGCUGGGCACAACGACAGUAGUAGCAAAUGCAUACAUUGCAAUCGUCUUCUUAGGAGAAAAGCUCAGAGCUCGGGAUGUUCUGGGGACAUAUCUUAUCAUCGUAGGUGCUUUUCUCAUAGUGGUGUUUUCAACACAGAGUAACACCAGAUUAUCAGCUUUGCAGAUCAGUGAACAUCUACUAAAGCCAGCAUUUCUAGUUUAUUUGGGAGUAGAAGUUAUUGUUUUUAUCGCUGUGAAUGUAGUCAUUCAUUACUAUGGGGCUCUUCAUGUGAUUUUAUUCAUUCUACCUGCAGCUAUUCUUGCUUCUCUGACAGUGAUCAGUUCCAAGGCUGUCUCAGGCAUGAUAACUAUGACUGCUGCCGGUGAAAGCCAGCUCAUGUAUGCUGUCUUCUACAUUAUGAUCGUAGUCAUCCUAGUCACAGGUGUAAUACAAAUAAGAUAUGUGACGCGAGCUAUGCAGGCAUUUCAGGCCACUGUAGUUGUACCAACAUUCUUUGUAUUUUUUACUGUCAGUGCCAUAUUAGCAGGUAUUUUUUUCUACGGGGAAUUCAACGGUCUUACAUUUGUACAAAUUGUAAUGUUUCUAUUUGGGUGCUUUUGUUCAUUCCUGGGAGUGUACUUCAUCACUCAGGGACGGACUGGUGAAAACUCACCACCGCUAGACAGCCAAUAUCAAACAGGACCACCAAAGGCUUUAAUGCCAAUAUGUCCCUUCCCAUGCACCAAUCAUCUCGUUCAACCAUCAGAUGAUGACGACGAUGAUAAUCCCAGAGAGGUGGAGAUGAAAUCCUUAGUGGAAGGAGAUGAAACUGACACCUCCAAGCUGAUAAUGUCCAAUGGUACGGGAAAGUCACUCUUCAAUCCUUCUCUACAGAUGACCAGUCUGGACACAAAGACAAAAACAUCACUACAUAUGUCUGAUUUCACAAAAGACUCAGAAAAGCGAGGGACAUCCACCAAAGAUGACACAACAUGACUGAUGUCUACAGAUGUCUGAUUUCACAAAAGACUCAGAAAAGCGAGGGACAUCCACCAAAGAUGACACAACAUGACUGAUGUCUACAGAUGUCUGAUUUCACAAAAGACUCAGAAAAGCCAGGGACAUCCACCAAAGAUGACACAACAUGACUGAUGUCUACAGAUGUCUGAUUUCACAAAAGACUCAGAAAAGCCAGGGACAUCCACCAAAGAUGACACAACAUGACCUGAUCAGUGAUAUCCUGAUUCUGAGAGCUUGUACGUUCCAUUUGUCUGGCAAAGUCACCUGAAUUCAAUUUGCACUUUUAUGUGAACGGAAAGGUCCGCGUACAUGUACCGAACAAUGCCAUGGUGUACUCAAUAGAGGCCUUGCUUGGUAGCCAUUUUGCUUGGCACGUCUUGUGUGCCACAGGGAAACCUCCUUUGUGCAUACCCUUUUGUUCAAAACGUUGGCCUCCAAGAUGGCAUCUAUGCAAACCCUCUAUAGCAGCAGUUUACUGCCUCACCAUUCAUUGGGGUCUCUCUUAAUAAUUGACUUGCAGGAAACCAGAUGGCACUAGUCGGUCUUUAUCAAAUGUGUAAUCUAUGACCAUUUAUACUGUUUUCAGUGGCAACUGAUACACUGUGUAUGGUCACAUUGGUUGAAAAGAGUAAUGUUGGUGAGGAAUGACUGCAAUGCUUGUGGUUCAUAUAUAUCCAUGAAUAUCCAACGGUUUGUCAACCAUUGGAUAUUCAGGUCCCACCAAAGGAGCCUCUCUUGCUUGGGACAUUGUGCCCUAUCUUGGUCCAGCUCGGGGGCCAUAGGCCAGACAGAAUAGGUGUUAGAAAGUUUAUACAAGUAACCAUUGGCCCAAGUGCAUAUGAAAAUGUGAUUGGAGAGUCAGAAAGCCAUGCUUUGAAACCAGAGAGUCCUGGAUGUAAAUCUGAAGGCUACAUUUUGUUAGUAUAUGUUUUAGAUCAUUAUCUGGUCCAAAAUCAUUCAUAUAAAUACAAGUAACUGUAUUUUCUAACUCCGCGUCUCCCUGUUAACAUGGGUACUUGGUAAUUUAAUCAAGUAUAAAAUAUGUGUAUAUAUAGAUUUUCUAAUCUCGGUCAUAUUCAUCAGUAUAAAUAUUUUUUCACUAAAAACAGUUGGUAUUAUAUUAGAGGCCUCUUGAUCUAAAUUAAACUUGACAUUCAUAAGGGAAAAGCCAUGGAAUCAUGAAUAUGAUUAAAAGCUGAUUGUAUUUUUCAGAAAAAUGUUACACCUUGAAAAGUCAUCUUUUGUUUUCUUGUAGUAUCACAGGGCUUUUACUUCGAGCAACCAUCAAACUAUAUGAACUCAUCUCUCUUGAUAACAUGUUGAAGUGUUAGUUCAGCUUUUUUCAUUGCUGAGCACAAGCUUAUAUUUUUUAUAAAUGAAAUUUUUUGCCAUCAGGGUAUUUAACGUGGAAACCUUUAUUUUCCGGUUUUUAGACUAUGCUAGCUUGUGAAAGAAGUUCCGUAGUUUAGUGUUUGGCAAUAAUAUAUUGUCUAUUGUCUACACUUUUAACAAUAGCAUCAUCAUACAUUUCUGUGCAAUGUUGGACUGGCCACUGCCUUCAACGAAAGAGACAAGAAGUUCUUAAUGUAGCAAACUCUUGAGGUUAAGCGUUUUUCUACCAUCUUUCUUGAGCUCAGUGUGAGGUAUUAAUUUAUGGCACGUUGUCCAUGGGUUACGAAGUUUUUUUUAACUUGAGUCACCGUAAACAUGCAAGUUGUUUAUAAAAAUUAUAAAGAGAUGAUUAGUGAAUGAAUUUAAGGACAAGGUAAGAAAUCCAGUUGCAUGCAAACAUGUACACUGUGUGAUACAUGAAAUAAUGUUCAGAAUGCCGAGUUAAGCUUUUGACAUGCAUCGCUGCAGCUCUUUUAUUUGUGGUCUUGAAUAUUUUUAUCUGACGUGUGAUCUAUCUAUUACUGGUUUUAUGAUAUCAAGGUGCUGUACUGUAGUGCAGAUAUUACCAAAAAGCCCUCUGAGCGUCCUGCUGGUAAUAAACUUGUACUGUUGCUUUGUGUGAUGUUAUGUUCAAUGUUCACAUCUCGGACUUCUUUGUUUGCAACUCAAAAGGUGUUUGUUUAGUAAGGAGACACAGGUAGGACUUACAAUGGAUUACACAGGACUUUGGACAUGUAUUUGGUUGGCUUAUCCUUGACAUGUUCUUCUGUAGGGAAGCUACAGACUGGGUUGAGUGUACUGUUCAAUAGGCAUAACAGAGUUUUUAUAGGUGCUUCUAUGGCUGUCUUAAAUUACAACUUCUGGUUGCAGGUUCUGCAUUUAUGGAGCAGUAAUCAGACAAACUGAUUGUCAGAGAUUAAAAGUACUGGGGGUUACUGAGGAUUUAUCUAAACCAAAAACUGCUGUUUUAAUAUUUAGAACAAAUAUAUUUGUACUAAGGCAAAGGGGGAUCAUAUAUUGGUUUCCCCUCCUACACAUGAACAACCCUCCAUAACCAAAGGAGAAUUCUUAUGCAAUUGUCACUAAUCUUCAGUAAUACAUCCUCCAUCAUCAGUUGUGAAAUUGUGCAAAGAUAAUUGCACAACUUUAAAAAUAAAACUCAAGUAGUUAUUAAAGGGUGUUUAGAGGCAAAUUUGAUAAAAUUGUAAUUGAUCUGUAUUUAGAAACAUGUACACGUAAAAAAUGUCAAAUGUGAUGGGUGAAAUACUUUUGUAUUCCUGUAAGAAAUGGAUAUUUUUGAGAAAGAA